AUGAUUUCAGCCAAAAUUUAUAUAUUCGGAGUGACAUUUCUUAUUUUGUCACUAUUUACAUUUAAUUUUUUCAUUCCAGGUGUCGGAGCUUGGAAUGCUAAAGAUGUGCUUCCACUAGGCCUGAAUAGAUAUGGUGAGGACCUUCACUUUUUCCAUAAAGGGGGUGAUUUGGACUCGUUCAUCUCCUUGGAAAAGGUGCCCGAAUCCUCAGAGCUACGUUCCUCUUUGGCCCAGACAGCAGCUGAUACCACUGCUCAGAGGACUGUAAUCGCUGCUGGAACCAGCUCAGAAACCUGUACAAGCUGGGAAGACGUCUCAGUUUGCUCCACUAAAUCCACCAUCAAAUGCUUAGAUAAUGGGAAGCAACACUUGGAAAUGUCUUGUUUCCUCAUGAACACAGUAACCUGGUCUGACUGGUCCCCCUGUGAAAACAAUGUCCAGUACAGAUUUGCACUUGAUUUCUCUAGCGGGAACACCCAGUAUAGAUACUGCGGUGAUGGAGCAGCUGCGCUGAUGAAUCGCAUGAAGGGUCACACUCCCAAAAAGACGGAACAGGAGAUCUUGAAGGAGCGUCUAGAGAAAUACGUUAACCUAAACCGCGAACUUCAUAAAAAGAAUGAAGAAGCGGAGAAUCUUUACAAUGCGUAUAUGCAAAAAUAUGCGAAGUUCUACGAUCGGAAUAAAGACCUAAAUCGAAAAAUUAAGGAAUUUAAUCAGAAAAAUGAUGAAUUUGAAAAGCAAAAGCAGGCUCUAGACGACCAAAAAUCCAAGUAUGAUUCUCUAAAUUCUAAUCUAGAGGUACGAACCAGAGAUUUAGAGCGUGAAAAGGACAAUUAUAAGCGAAAAACUGAUAAAUUGGCCGAAAUGGAACUUGAAUUACAGGAAGAUAUUAAGUUUUAUCACAAGAAACAGGAUGAACUUAACGCUGAACGCUUGGCUUUACAAGACAAGGAAAAAGAUUACGCUAAACGUUCCGAAGACUUGGAAAGUGAAAGGACCAAAAUUCUGGACAAAGAUCGAAAAUUAGAAGAGGAAUUGGCCAGAAUUAAAGAAAAGGAGGCAACUUUAACUCAACAACACCAGAAAAAGGAUGAAAACCUCACUCAAAGAGAGGAAGCCCUUAAAGUUGAAUUGGAGACCAAUAAAGGAUUACUAGCCAGCAUCGAAUCACAAAGAACGUCUUUAGCCUCUGAGCAAAGGGAACUGGAAUCUAAAAAGCAGGAACAAAAAUUAUUGGAGGCCAAUAUCAACACCGAAACUCAGAGGUUGGAGAAACUUAAACAAGAAAACGAAGCCGCAAAGGAACAUAUGGUCAAUUAUGGCAAGUUCCUCAGCGAAGAAACUACCAAAUUAAACAAAAUUAAGAAAGAUAAUGAAGCUGCUAAAGCCGUUUUAGAUGAACGCGAGCAAAAAUUGGAUGAGGAAUCUCAAAAGAUUGAUCAACUUAAGGUUGAAAAUUCCAAAGAGGCUAAGAGGCUACAGGACCUUCAAGCAGACAUAGAUAAAGAAAAAUUGGCAAAUACCAAACUUUCUGAACAAUUAAAUAGGGAAAGAGAUGAGCUCGCCACCAAGACUCAGGAACAAGAAAGACUUAAAUCUGAGUAUGAGAGUAAGAAUACCCAGAUCCUCGAAACAGAAAAGAAUUUACAGAAACAAAUCUCUGAAAAUGAAACCUUGGCAGCAACUUUGAAGAAGCAAGAGAAGGAUAUUGAGGCUGAAAAUGAAAAAAUUAAAAAGGAAAUUGAAAGAUUAAAUCAGGAAGAAAGGAAUCAGGCCUAUAUACUUAAGUAUACCGCUAAGCAGCAGUCUCGCAAAUCCAGUGCUUUACUAAAUAAACAAAAAAAUCUUGAAGAUCAAAUAAGAUUAAACACAGAGAAAGCAGCCUCACUCCAAUCCCAACAACAGAAUUUAACUGAGCAAACCCAGAGAGUACAAGCUGAACUUUCAGAUUUGGAACGCCAGCGUGGUGAGGUUCAACAAAAAGAAGAGAAAUUAAAGCUUGACACCGCUUCUGUUGAAGAAGCCAAGAAAAAAAAUCAACAGAGAGCUUUAGACCUUAAGAAGCAAGAAAACACUGUUCAAGAAAGAGAAAAUAAGCUUUUAAUUGCUCAGGCCCAAAAUAUCUCCAAGGCUAAACAGUUGAAAAAAGAUCAAGAUGUUUUGAAUACUAAGUUGGCAGAGCAUACUGAAGAUGUUAGGCGUAAGACUUUGGAGUUUGAACAAAGGGAUAAAACAUUGAAAGAGAAGGAAUUGGAAUAUCAGUUGAAGCUUGCCGAGGUUGCAGAGGACCACAAAACUCUAUUCAGGGAGCAAAGUUUACUAAAUGAUGCCAGAGAGCAGCUGAGAAGGGACGAAUUGGCUCAUAUGGAGAAGGAAAAGGAGGCUGAAAAGGCUAGGCAGGCUAAAGAGACAGAACUCUUGGCUACUAUUAAGCAACAGGAAACUGAGAGCCUGGCCAGAAUCGCUGAAGAAAAGCAAAAACGGGAGGCUGAAAUUUUAGCUCAGGAGCAACAAUUGCAGCAACGUAGACAAGCACAUGACGACCAAAUUAGGAGGAGUCAGGAAGAACUUGAUAGAAAAAUUGCCGACGAUAAACAAAAAAGUGCCGAGGCUGAGGAGAGAAUUAAUAAUAGACAAAAAGAAGUUGACGCCCUUAAAAGUGAUUUGGAGGCUAAAAACGCAGAAGCUGAGCGUUUGCUUUCUGGUCAUUUACAUACUAAAGGUGAACUAGAAAAGCUCAAAGCUCAGCUUCAACAACAGAAUCUAGCAGCUCAGAAAUUAACUAAAACUUUGGAGGAGCAAAAUGAGGCUGUAAAACAAGAAAAUGCGAGGGCAACUGCUGCUAAUCAGGAGGCAAAUAGGCUACUAGAAUCUAAUAGGGCUCAGGCUGCUAGUCUCUCAAGACGGGAAAGCGAAUUAGAGGCGAAUAUGGAUGCUUACACCAUUAAGUUGAAGUCGGUUCAGGACGAGGAUGCUAGACUUACCGCACUUAACAAGACUCUUUUACUCAAAGAAGAAUCACUGGGUACUAGAGAUCAGAACGUAAAGGAUAAGGAACGCCGUGUCUCAGAACGUGAGGCUGAAGUCCUCAAAAAGCAAAAACAACAAGAGAAAACAGAGUCUGAACAGAACCAAAGGCAAUCACUUCUCCAAUCUCGAGAGAAUACUCUGAACCAGAAGGAAAGUCAACAGAGGACGAAGGACCAAGAACAAUCUGAGCUAUCCCAAAAAUUGGCAGAUAAACAAGCUGAACUCACUGCUUUGCAGUCGAAAUUAGACCAAUUGCAAAAAGAUUUGGAUGCUAGACAACUCCAAUUGACUGAAGCUGAGAAUGCCGUUAGGCUUAGGGAAACAAAGGCAGACGAGACUGAAAAGGCCCAGAAAAAUAAGGCGAAUGAGUUACUUUUGGAGGAUGAAAAGGUAAAGAGACUUGGUAGGGAAGUUGAGGCUAAGCGCCAAUUGGCUAUAAUUCAAGAAAACAAAAACACCCAAAGGUCUUCAGAAUUGGAUGAAAAACAGGCAAAAGUUGAAAAACUCGCCACUGACAAGUUAAGAGAACUUGAAACCAUAAGAACACAGCAGGCUGAAGAAAUUAAGAAUGUCAGCACACAAUUGAAAAAUAAGGAAACUGAGCUUGAGCAGACAAUUGCUAAACUGAACGCUAAAUAUGAAGAGUUGAAACUUGAUAAUAAAUCAGUACUUUCAGCCAAUAGAGUUAUGCUUUCAUCAGCAGAAUCUAAUUUGAUUAUCACCAAGUCUGAGUUAAGCCGUACCAAGUCAGAUCUUAACACUGUUAAACUAGAAUUAUCGACUCGUACAUCUGAACUUGAGGCUGAGAAGCAGAAAAAUUCAACUUUGGAGGCUAAAAAUAAUGAAUUGGAGACUCAACUUUCAACUGCAAAAUCCCAAUUAACUGAGAAGGGAAAUGAGUUAUCCCAAUGUGUUGUUCGUGAGACAACUCUCAAGAGUGAAAAAUCAGAUUUAGAAUCCCAAUUAAAGGUGAAAUCAGACCGUUACGAUGAAAAGGAGAAGGAGUACGACACUUUGAAAAAUUUGCACAAAGAAGCCCAAUCUAAGCUUCGUGAGAAGGAAUCUGCUGUAUCCCAGUGCGAAGUUAAAUUAUCAGAAAAGAACACACAAUUAGAAUCCGUAACUGAGCAAUUGGGUGGAAAGCAAAAGUCUUUGGAGCAAAAGACUUCAGAACUUGAGGGUAAGGUUUUGGAACUUGCUGACAAGAAUCUUGAGCUUGAACGCAAGCAAAAGGAAGUCCUAGACCGUGACGCUCGUUUACUAAUUAAGGAAACCCAGGAACUUAAAUUACGCAAAACUAACAGUAAUUUACUCACUGUUCUUUCCAAAUUUGGCGCCGGUGAAUCUCUAGCAAAUAUUAUCAAUGACGCCUCACUUUGGUCUGAAGAUACCAAUGAAACUUUAGAACAUCUUAAAAAAUAUUUUAAUAAAUCCAAACCCGUUCAAACAGCUGAGUUAAAUAAACUAAAGAGUGAAAAUCCACCAAUUCCACCAGAACCUAAACCUACCGAAUCUUCAAAUACACAAACUGAACUUAAUAAACAAACUGAACUUAAUAAUACACAAAAUGAACUUAAUAAAGAAUUGGGUAAGGAGGUGAGAGGAGAGACUUUGAGUAUUGGAGUGACUGACAGGCCGAUAAUUCAGAGUGAGGUGGAGACUGAGGUGGAUUCAACUCAUAGAAUUCCAGACUUAGAUUUAAGGAAUGGAAUGGUGGAUUUGGAAGCAAUUGUGCCAAAUCCUGAGCAACCAACUCUACAAACACCUACUGACCAGGAGAUGGAAUCCAUCAAAAACACUCCAAUCGACACUUUACUACGCAAUAACCCAAGUGUCAAUUCAAACAACACUAGUGAGAGUAGUGUCAACGAAGUUGGUGCAGCAUCAGUUUUAAGAUCAACUGGUGGCUCAGGAGGUUCAGGAGGCUCAGGGGGUUCUGUUGGGUCUAGAGGUAAAUCAAGAGAAAAACAAGAACCUAAUAACAACGGUGACAGUGAAAAAGAGAAGACUGGAAAGCAAGAAAGUACAUUUACGGGUGGAUUUAAACAGACUAGAAUUGGUCAGAGUGUCAAAGGUGCCUCUGCUGCACUUGGAGUUAUACUCGUUAUCGCAGGUGCCGCAUUAGGCGCCAAGAAAUUGUAA